AUGUCGACAUCAUUGAAUGAUACUCAGCAACAAGGCGAGACUGCUGAGGGCGCAGCAUCGCCCUCACCACAGAACUCACCUUCGGUGAUCAAGAGGAUUGUACCGGCUUUGUUACCAGAGGCCUCACAACCAAAUAGUGCACCACCAUCACCACAGACACCGAGAGCAAAUGGUGGAUCACAACUACAAAUGGAUACUUCAACAACAAUAGGCAACAAUAAUAACAAUCCAUCAUCAGUGAUAUCAAGACUCUCAACAUUGGUACCUUCAUCACCAAAGACUACAUCAUCAACAACACAGAAUGGACAGAGUUCACCUUUGUCUGGCUCGCCACAGACGUCGGCUGCGGAUGGUCUACGUCAGUUUGCCUCGCGCAAGUAUCAGGCCGUGGCAUCAUUCCUUUCGAUUGCGCUCAAGGACGAGGAGAUACAACAACACAACCCUCUGCGAUUAACUUGGAGCGACUUUGAAGCCGAGUACGAGAAGGAAUGCCAAACACUGCCAGAGGGACUGCGCUUCCCAAAUGGUGAAGUGCUCGUGAGACGCAUCGAGAAGUGUCCACGCUAUAUAUUCCCGCCGACUGUGGGUCUGGUCAUGGGCGGCCUCGAGCAGCAUGUCAAAGACAUCAUACAUCACUUCUACAAGGACUAUCUGAUCGUGCAGAACAAGAGCGAGUUGGCGCGCAGUCAGUCUGGACGAAGGUCCAGCGCAGGAUUGGCCAGCAAGUCAGCAAUGUUCAGUUUGGCCAACAACAACAAUACCUCGCCAACAAUGUCAUCGUCGCCGAGCGAACACAGUAAUCCACUCAAGAGUCAGUUGUUCUCAAGAACAAAGAUUAGCGCGUCAAUCAAUGGUGGUGGUGGCAAGGGCAAUGUGAACAUAUCAACAACACCAGGACGACGAACCAUCAUCGAGACAUCAGGCGACGACCUAAUAUCAUUCAUGGCUCCACCAUCAAUCACAACCACCGCCACACAAGAUCCACUCAAACAAUUGAUACCAGAACGAUAUGGCCUGGAACUAUUGUGCGAGGUCAAGGAACUCAAGUUCCUGCAUGACAUUGAACCUUUGUUCUGCACACUGUACAUUGUGGACUUGGAUAAGCGCGAGAGGAUAUCAGAGAACUUCAACUUCCACUUGAACUCAAAGCAGAUGUUGGACUCACUCAAGAUCAACAGCGACACGAUACUGGGCGGGUGGGCCUGCCAGCGACAGGCACUGUUCUCGCUCAACAAGUACCAUCCAAACAUGUACUUCAUUCUGCGAGUGUAUCAUAUCUUCCGUGGCGACAUUGAGAAGGACAUCAAGCCCUACAUCAAGGACUACAAGAAACAAAACAAACCCAAUGUCAUCACUCAGUUCAAGGCCGAGAUCGUCGAGAAGUGCUCGGGCUGGGGCGCGUCGCCCGACCAUCACGAUCUUCAACCGUUGGCGUGGGGAGCCUACCCGGUGUUCCAUCGUCCGACACUGACUACCACGACACAGGCGUCAGCAUCAACCGCCAACCUGUUACAGUAUCUUCAACAACAGCAACCUCUUCCACAGUCACCGUCGCAAGCGCAAUCGACACCAGCCACACCUUUAUCUCCACCCCAGUCACCUUCACCAACGAUCAACUCUACAUCACCGCCUUACAAUCCAAUGUUAUCGCCACCCAGCGUCAACAUGACCAAGGCACGCAGCUACACACCUCCUCCAAACAUCCCCACGCCACCGCCACCUCCCAUGUCACCGUCAACCACUCCACCCAUCAUCAUGUCACCUCAUGGCAACAAGACCAACAUUGAGAUUGUGGGCAUGGUGCCGUGCACGCCCAACCUGAACGACAGAUCGAUUUGCGAGUUGCUCAUCAACGACAAGGACCUUCGCAAGAUGAAGACUGUGCAGGCCAGCUUCACAAUGACUUUGCGAACGUUGGAUACGGACGAGGAGGUCAAGGGUCGCAUCAGCCCGUCGCUGGUGCCCCUGCUGCCCACUGUUGAGCCCGAGAACCUGCAUCAGAGCGGUCUUAUUCGCGACAUCCAGGACUUUAGCGAGACACCCUAUCCCUUUGUUGAGUAUAUCAACAACUUGUAUAUUUAUCCAGACACUGCACUCAUCAAGAGCUACAAGAAUCCCAACCUGCAGAUUCAGGUGCAGCUGGUGGAGGACUUGGUCAGCCUCAAGGCCAUCAAGUGCGUCUAUCCAACGACGCCACCCUACAUCCCCACCAACCUGUGGGACAAACUGAACAUGCCCGGCCCCGGCCAACCAGGUCCCACACCAUCCAUGCCCUUCCCACCUCUCGACUUUGGAUGCUACUCGUCUGUGUCGUUCCACGACAAGCGUCCACUUUUUGUCGAGGAGUUCAAGCUGAAGCUGCCGACCAAGCUCACCGGACAACACCUGUUGUUCACCUUUUAUCACUCCAAUCCCAACUCCAAGAAGGAACAAAAGACAGCGAUUGGCUACGCUGCCAUCUCGCUGCUGCAGGCGCAGGGCAUGUUCUUGCGCGAUGACAUCUAUCAUAUACCGAUCAGUAGCGAGCUGUCGUCCACACUGGACACGACCAUCAUCACAUCCGAGGAGAACAAGAAGGAGAAGCGCGAGUACUUCACCUUCCGUCUCAAGCUGGUCAGCAGUGUGAUCACACAGGACACCAACAUCUCAAUGUUCUUCCGUCACUUUAGCAGUGAACACAACUCUAUUGGACGCACGCAGGAAGUUGUCAAGGGCAUCCAAAAGAUCGAUCGACUGAGUUGUGUCCAAUUCUUCCCAUCCAUCCUCGAUCAACUAUUCCAAAUCAUGGUGUGCUGUGCCAACGAUGUUGCCAUGCAGGCAUUCUCAUCAAUAUUACAUGUGAUCAAGAUAGUUGAUGGAUACGAGAAGAAGGCAGGAACAGAGAAGAGUAGAUUGUUGACGUAUUACUCAGAGUAUAUGUUUGAUUAUGUACCUGAUUCAAAGAACCUUUAUGAGGAGCUGUGUAGACAGUGGCUACACGCAAUGCAUGGCGACAGUGGAGGUGGCUCGACCAAGACCAACUCCAACCUCAUCUUUGUCAAGGACUUUAGAUUGAAUUGGUUCCUCUUUGACAUUAUGACCAAGUCGAUGGCACUGUCCUUGGCCAACUCAUCGCAGCUCGACUCUGACCUGGGUCGUGAGAACCGUUUCAAAGUGGAGUUCCAAGAGAACCUGCAUCGUCUCGUACUCAAGCUGCUGCCACAGAGUGACUCAACCAACAUGUCAGUUCAAAGUUGGGAGUUCUUCACCAAGUUCCCAUACUUUAUCAACAACCUCUUCCCUCUGAUCGACAGAGGAUUCCUUUAUAACCUGAUAUAUAGUUACAUUGCACGUAUAGUUACAUUCUCCAAUGGAAGCGAGAAGGAUAAGGACAACAUUGCAUUAAUCACAAUCAAGUUCAACUUCCUCAAGAUCAUCUGCGACUAUGAUCACUACAUUCCACUCAACUUCCCUCUGCCCAUCCAGGUUGUAGACUCAAUAUCAGACUUGACCACAAAGUUCUUCAAACGACAUUUCAUUGCAGUGUUAUUGAUCAAUGAGGUUGAAGCAUGCCUCAAACAGAACAAACCAUCGAUACGCAAUCAUGCCAUUCUUACAUUGAAGCAACUGUUGAAGAAGCAUCACUACGAUCCACGUUACCAAAUGCAGGACAUCCGUGAGAAGAUAGCCACUAUCUACUUCCCAUUCGUACUAAUGAUGGUGGAACACUAUUCAAUAUUGAGUUAUGGAUUGGAUGCAAUCAAUGAGUUACCGGAAUGGUUGACUUGUUUGAUUUGGAUACUUCAAUAUUGUAAUCGAUCAUUGUUGAGAGUUUGGUUCCAGAAAGAGACAGAGACACGUCAGCUCAACUUCCUCUCAAUCAUGUUGUUGUCAUUGGAGACGUUCAAAGAUGAACCAUCGAUACACGAGAUCAUCCAGCUGGACAUUGAGAUAUGCAAGCUGAUCCUGGAGGACUUCAAAUCGAUCGAGGACAAGGUGUUCAACAUGGUUAUGAACAACAUUCAGCGCGCAUCCACGCUGGCCACGCACGACCUGUUGCCCGAGGUCUACAAGUUGAUCCGCGAGACGCUGAUACCCAAUCACUCGAUCAACAUCUUCCAAUCAUCACAGAACUCCUACUGCGAGAUACUGUCCUACGAACUGUUCUGUGCGGCUGACUCGCCCAAGCUGGCCAACGAGGCAUCGACACUCUUUUACCAACUGCUCGACCGUAACUUUGCCACGACUAAUGAUGUGGCGCGCAUGAAGGUCCAGUCGACGGUGGCCAUCUCCAAGCUGGUCGGCGAGCUCAAGCUGGACAACUCCAACAAUCUCACGGCGUUCCUGUCGCGAGUGCGUGCACAGCUGAAGGACCACGGCUCACAAACGUUCCAGAACCACGUGGACGAGUUGAUCACUCGCAUCAACACAUUGAUCAAGUACGCCAACACUAUAACUGCUAAUCGAUCAGAUAUAGAGAUGGUGGCCGAGAUGUAUUAUAACAUUGCCAACAACUAUUUUGAGAGUCCCAACCUGCGCGUCACAUGGCUCGAGAACCUCUCCAAGAAGAACACCGACAAUGCACAGUACGAUGAAGCGGCGCAGUGUCUGAUACAGAGCGCCUUCCUCAUCUCUCGCUACCUGUUCAAGUCUGGCAAGUAUGGAUUCGUCGGUACCACUUCCGACUACGUUGCCAUUUGCCCCAAUAUUCCCAACGAACUAGAGUUGCCACCUCUCAAGGACGACACGGUGCUACAGGCUUGGACCCUCGAGUACAUGAUCCAUCUGUUGGAGCAUGCCAUUGAGCUUGGACUGCGAGCCAAUCGCUACGAGCUGGCGAUCGAGAUCCACUCGCUCAUCUCUGGCAUCUACAAGUCCAAGAAGGACUACCGGUCGAUGAUCACAACGCUCUCCAAUCAAAAGACAGUGUGCGAGACGAUGGUAGAGAAGUCAAAGGACAGGUUCCAGCCCAAGUACUACAGGAUCAGCUUCAUUGGCAGUGGGUUCGAGGAGAUGGACGGCAAGGAGUACAUCUACAAGAAACCGGCCGACUGUCUGCUCAAGCACAUUCAGACACAGAUUCGCGAGUACCUCAACGAGAAGUUUGGCAAGACCCUAGACCAGAACCUCGUGCUGCUGCCCAAUGCCCCGUUCGACCGCGCCAGCCUGGACGCCAGCAAGCUCUACUUCCAGAUCAUCAAUGUGGACGCCUACAUUGAGCUGAGCCAGCUCUCUGCGGCCGACGGCAAGUUUGACCAAUACUUUGGCGUGUCACAGUUCAUCAGUGAGACGGCGUACAGUCACGAGGGCAAGGCUAUUCAGGAGGACUUGUCCAAGCAACUCAAGAAGAAGACCAUCUUCUCGGUGGAGCCUGCAUCAUUCCCCUACAUGAAGAAUCGUAUCGAGAUCACGUCGAAGCGCGAGAUCAUCCUGUCGCCAAUCGAGAAUGCAAUCGAAUUGAUCAAAGCGCGCACAGUCAAGAUGGUGGAGCAGCUCAACACAUCGUCGCCAUCGAUCAACUUGGUUCAACAACUCUUGCAGGGCACGGUACUACCAAUGGUCAACGAGGGUCCUUUGAAGAUCUGCGAGGUCUUUUUGCCAAAGUGCAAUCCUAGCUCACCGCCCACGACACCAGUGCAGUACAAGACAGAACAUGUUGAGCAGCUCAGGAAAGAGAUGUGUGGAUUCCUUCAUUACAGUCAACACUUGAUCAGAUUGAACAAACGAUUGAUCACUCCACAACAUCAAGACUUUCACAGUAUGGUCGAGAAGCACUUUGAGCAACUGAAGAAGGACAUGCAGGCCUAUGGCAUUGUAAUGGCUGCGCCACACACCAGAUUCAACAGUCCAACUACUGCUACUGCUGCUGCUCCUUCAGGACAGUGA